CGACCAGUUUUGACGUUUGCAUCUAUUUUUCUGUCCGGUUGAAACGGAUUCUGUAAAAAAAAGAUUUUGCUAAUCGAUUUAUGCGGAUUCUUCGGUUUGUGAUACGAUAAACGCAGUGAGAUUUAAAUCCUUCCUCGGCCAACCUAUAGCGGAAGGUAAUUCUCGAUCAAGAUGCCGCCCGUCAGCGCCGCAUCCUGGGUGAAAUUUUUCACCACGGCUGGGAUUCCGUCCCAGGCUGCCGCGGGUUAUGCGCACGUAUUCGUAGAGAACCGCAUUCAGAUGGACAUGUUGAUGGAUCUGAACAAGGAGUAUCUGCGGGAGAUGGGCAUCACCACCAUGGGUGAUAUCAUCGCUAUUCUGAGGCAUUCGAAGCAGGUCAACGAGCAAUUUACCCGGGAACGGGUUCUGUCUUCGCCGUCCGCUGGUGGCGGUGAGGAUCAUAGCCCGACAGUUCCGGUUCCGGUGGCUACGGUUUCUGCCACUCAGAGCUCUGCUCCCAAAUCCGUGAUAUCGCGACCAAGUUCAGCUGUUUUGCUUCCUCCCAGCAAGACCCGCAAAUUAUUCUCUGAUCACAAAAUAACUCUUCCUGGUGGGAGCCAGAAUGGGUCUUCGACAACUUCUAGCAGCCGCGGAGGAAACAGCAGCAGCAAUAACAACAGCAGUAGUGGUUCGAUUAAAAAAUCCCAACCCCAGUUGAUGGGAGCUCAGAAAUCGAAUGUUUUCAAACGUCUGUCGUCCCACAAUUCGGACGAAGAGCUGGAAGCGGAACCGGUGCGAAUGGUUAGGCAGCGGAGCUUCGACGACGACGAAGAUAUGAUGGAGGCUAGGAGAACUUCUUCCGGUAAGCCGGCAUCGAAGGUAGCUCUUAAAGGGAUCGAACGACUAGCACCUGCUGGAGAUAGAAACUCGGCGUCGAUAUUCUCCCGUUUGGGAGGCAAAAGCCUCAAACGGGACUCGGAUGGACCAACUGGAAUUCUUAAAAAAUCACCAGCUAAGAUUGUUUCAUCACAGCGCAAAAUAACACCAACUUCUCAGAAAGUGAUAUUGGUGAAAAAAAUCCCCGCCAAGGCUGUGGCUGUUCGAGACGACGACGACGAAGAUGCAUCGAACUCUCGUCGUGACAAAGUGCAUCCACGUUCUCGAAGCUUGCCCAGCCAAUCUCGUCGCUCGUACGAACGUAUGGACACUGGCGAGACGCUCAAGUCCGUGUCGUUCUCCGAAGAGGACGAAGUGCUGGAAAUCGAUCCACAUCCGGAUGAAAUGUCGUCACCAUACAAACCUCCUGCUGGCAAAGUGAAUCCUAGGCCACGAUUCCACAACCGGGAUGUCCCGGUGCGAGCCCGAUUGGGUAACCAUUCCCCUAACCGCAAGCCACAAAUAUCCGCACUAAGGGGCACAAAACGAACAGUUCCGAUGAAGGUGGGCAAGCAUUUAGCGGGCAACACCACAACUCUUUCACCAGCCUCGCUGGCUCGAUCCAAGAUGAAGUCGGACGCCAUGCUUCUGUCCAAGGAUCAAACGGUUCGGAAUCGGCUGGGAUUCGGAGGCAUGAGACUUUCUCCGCCUCGACCCCUUAAAACGAAUCCCGUUCAUCGUCAUCCGGAAAAAAGGCUGAGUUUGGACUCCAAACUAGCCAGUCUGAAGCUGAAGGGAACCGGUUCUAGACCUCAUGCAGGGAGAAAAAUGUCGGCCGGUUCCAGCGUUUUCGAUCGUUUGGGUUACAACAGCAGGAAGAACUGACAGAAUGCUUCAUUUGUGUAAAAUGUACGACGGUUUGCUGGAAUAUUGCAUUCUAUCUUUUUUUAUAAGACUACAUCUCCGGAGGAAUAAACCCGGUUUUUCCCCUGUAUUUGAUUGCGAGUUAUGAUUUGUUCAUAUUCGAGGGAUGAAGCCAAUUCGUCGGUUGACACAUGAGAACGAAACAUGUCUUGUUGUAGGAGAAAUAAUAGGUCCCGGACGGUAGAUCCGUUAUCAAUAUUUAGUUUAGGAACUAUUUCCGAAUAAAUUUUGCUCUAUCCAAUAU